UUUUAUAAUAGUCCGAAGUGCUGCUUAAAAAUAUAUUUUCUUACAAUUAUACCAGUGUACUUAAGCAGCAGCCAAAGGAGUAUGUUUAGCAUCAACAUACAUGAUAGCAUUUAAAACCUCUUCAUCUAGAACUCCACAUUAGCUCAAAUGACGUUUCCCGUCAGACAUUUUCAACACAUUUCACAAUCAUGCAAUAAUUUAUUCUUCGUCUGUGAGUUAACGAGUUAUCGACAAGAUGAUGAUGCAAGCGGCUCCCAUCCCUGUCCCGGUAGCCACACGCUACACCGAAAUAGAGAAACCUGAGCCUCUAGUAGACAUAGAAGCAGAGCCAGGAGCUUUAACACGAGAGGCGACUCCAGAGCCCCACAUCCUCCACGACCUGACCGUGGUCGACCGGCUGCUCAUCACGAAGCGGCUUCGAGUCAAGAACGUGCUGUUCCUGCGCGGCAAGAAGAACAGGUUCUUCGUCAGGACACCUGAUCAGAACCUCAUCUACACGAUCGAAGAGGAAAAUAGGCAGGUCCUGGGGGUCUGCAAGAAUCUCUUUAACUGGUGGGUGGGCUACUUCUGCUACGGCCUGCGCCCGCUCCAGUUGCGCGUCAUCAACAGUCAGGGCGCGGAGGUCAUGAGGAUACACCGGCCGUACUCGUGCACGUCCAGGGUCCUGCCCUGCCAGCUACAGCGCCUCCAGGUGUAUUCGCCCCCCGGACAGCUGAUCGGCAGCGUGGAGCAGCAGUGGACGGCUAUCAAACCCACGUAUCUCGUCAAGAAUGAUAAUGGGGAUCAUGUGUUUUGGAUUCGAGGUCCGUACAUAACCCUGAGCUGCUUCCGCGACGUGCAGUUCCAGAUCGUGCGCGCUGACGGCGCGGCGGUGGGCGCCACCUGCAAGCGCUGGCAGGGACUCACGCAUGCGCUGUUCUUUGCACCCGUCACUGACAAGUUCGGUGUGGCCUUCGAGAAGGACCUGUCGGUGGAACAGAAGGCUCUGCUGCUGGCCGCCACCCUGCUCAUGGACUACAUGUACUAUGACGCGUGAUCCAAUAUAACAUAUGAAUAGCUAACACUCUUGUUUCAUUCACAUUUGAGAGUGUUCGUAAUCUUGGGACAGAUUUCUUAAAACUUAUUGUGCCAGACCUAAGGUAAAGCUAGAGAAUCGAGAAUGUACUUAGUUAUGUUAGAAAACAAACGACGUUCACGAAUAAUAAUAUGUUACUUAGCUAAA